CCAGUGUCUCAUGGAGCAGAAACCUCGACUGUCUCGAGACACUCCGCGCAGUCCCGCAUCGCUGAGAGAAGAAGAUGGCUCGUGCACUUUUGCUUCUAUUCGCUGUCGUAGCGGCAGCGUCUGCGCAGUCAAGCACCGACUGUUUGAGUGCUUUGAAAAAGGCACGUUCGCUCAUACCAGCUGGAGACUGCUACUCAAAGAACGCUGUGGAUUAUGAAAAAUUUCUAACAUAUCCGCAGUGCGGGCUUACGGGUAUAUAUCCCGGUACCUACGAUGCUGCCUUCUGUGACCCGUUUCUGAAUGGUUAUUAUAAAUGCGCUGCGUCAAGAAAUGGCCUGGUGACACCUGACGGCAAGUUUGACACUGCUGUUUUCAACUCGAAAGUACUGAGUGGCAGAUGUAACGGAAUUCCAAAAUACCAAACAGCUUACACCAAGUGCCAUGCUGAUACAAUGAAAAAUUUCAACUUCGCGCGGCUCAUUGUGUGCCUCCAAGUCGCUAUGGCGUAGCUCCCCGCAUGGCCAUCAUGGACACGACUCACGACGCUCCUGCUUUUUUGGGAUUUGCAGAUUUCGCCGGAAGUUCAUCGGUGCCUCACAAUUUGGAUAUUUUCUAAACUAGUUCAAAAAAGAACCAAACAAACUGGUCCAAUCUAAUAAACUGUUUCAAACCAGUUUAAUUGGUUGACUUGUUUCAAGUUAUUAUGUUGAAAUUUCGUGGACUUAAUAAAGCAGAUUCAUUGCA